AUGUUGAGUUUCAAAGUGUUGAUUCUUUUAAUCAUGGUCUGGAGCAUCCAAGGGGUGGGAGGAAAGCCCAUGUGUGAUCCGGAGGACCAUAAAUAUUAUCACACCCAGGCUGACACGUGUUUACAGUGUGAAAAGUGUCUCCAAGGCGAGGAGGCAAUAUCUUUAGAGGACUGGAAUAUUGAUUAUUGUACGCUGUACAACCAGUACCAGGUCAGUCAGUGUACAGCAACUAGUGACACCGUAUGUGAUGGAGUCAGACCAACUACCCCCAGACCAAGUAUCACGACAACUUCCGAACCAGAUCCAGUAAAACAGAAUGAAAAUGAUGAAGACCUAAAUGGCAGCCUAACUAUUACUGGAUUCAUUUGUGCAACUGUGCUCAUUAUUGUAGUUAUCAUGAUUGGGUUUUGCUCAACAAAAAAAUUCUGGUGUAGUGGAGGAAAUGAGAGUGAAGUGGAUUCUGUGGUUACAAAGUCAACAGCAAGUGACCUAAGUAAGGAUGUUAAAAUUAAUUUCGAAUCUGAUUCACAACCUCUGCUCCAAAAGGGCUGUGAAUCUCAGAUUGAGAAAAAACCUAUUGAGCUUCAAAUGCUUGGAGCAAAUCCAAAUGAAAUGGAUCUUUUGCAUGGUACCAGCUCUAACAAAAAGACAAAACAAGGGGAUCUGAAAACAGAUGGACCUACAGAAAUCUCUCCCAGGAAAAUUCAAAAGGAAGGACAGUUGUCUAAUCUAAAUAAUGAAGGGUUGAAAACAGAUAGCCUCCCGGAACAACCACAGAAUCAUCCCAUAUCAGUCACUGCCCAGUUAAUCAAUCAGACAAACUAUAGACUUACAGUUGACAAUCUACGUGCUGUAGCCAAAGAACUUGUUUCUGGAUACCUCUUCUUUGAAGUGGCCAGAGACUUUAAGAUGGAGGAAGCCGACAUAGAAGCCGUAAAGAUUGACAACGAAAAGUAUAACAAUGUCAGAGAGACCUCUUACCAGAUGCUUCUGUUGAUUACAAAAAAAAGGGGGAAGAUAACUCUUCAUGAGCUAAGGAACUCAUUGCAGAAACAUGAUCGGACAGUUUAUGAAAAAGUUUUCAUUGCUUUAGAUCACGCUGGUUCAAAUGAUCCAUAG